AUGAGUUUGAGGAUGGGUGUGAUGUUAAGCAGAUGCCUUGUAAGCAUGUGUUUCAUCAGGGCUGUUUGUUGCCUUGGCUUGAGUUGCAUAACUCUUGUCCUGUUUGUCGGUUUGAGUUGCCUACGGAUGAUGCUGAUUAUGAGAGUAGAGGAGGGGGUCAGGGGCAAGGCGGUGGGCAGACGAGUGGGGAUGGUGGGCAGGGGACUCCGAGGAGGUUUAGUAUUCAGCUUCCUUGGCCGUUGGGUGGGAGACAGGAGGGUUCAGGGUCUGGAGGGCCUGGAAGUGGUGGUGGUGGUGGAGGAGGAGGAGGAGGUUCUAAUCUUGAGACCAGGCAGGAAGAUUUGGAUUGAGUAUGGCGAUAGUCGUUGCUUGGAAAUUGGAUUGGGAGAAGGAUGUGCACAAGUUCUCACCAAACAAAAGGCAGUUUCAUUAGGAAAAAGUGACAUUAAUGUUUUGCAAUAUUUUGUACAUUUACAAAAAGAAAAAAAUUAUUUUCCUUGUCGGUGUUUUUUGGGAUUAUAUAACGAAUGUGAGUUUUCAAAAAUAAAAUCGCGAUAUUUCAUAUAUGUAAGUGUUUUUUUUUAUAUAUAUGUAAGUGUAAGUGUUAUUUUGCUUAUUUACUCGUAA